AUGGGCACGGGCGACUACCCCGCCGAGCUCCUGGCCGGGUGCUCCGGCACCAGCCUGCAUCUAUGGAGGGUGAGUAAUGUGAACUCCAGCCCUCCUGUGCCCAACAGUCACCCUGGUCAGCAGCCCCUGGAGGUCGUGGCGUGGAACCGGAACAACAAGGUGGUCGCGGGGGCACGGGCCGAUGGCAGCGUCUCCCUGUCGUACAGCAAUGGCGAGGCCAUGAGCGUGCUGAACCGUCCUGCCGGCUCCAGUGCGAUCGUCACUCCCACCGCCCUGGCGUGGGCCAGCGGGUCCAAACGACUGGCAGUGGCAGGCAGGAGCGGCGCCAUUGGCGUGCACGACAUGACCAACAAGGCAUGCACCACAGUGCAUCUCCCGGAGCCCAUAGCGGCUCUGCAGUACCACCCUGCUGACCGCUUCCUGGCAGUCUGUGGUGGAGCCUCGGCCACGCUGUUGGACAGGGACCUGCGGCCUGUUGGCCAACUGACCCCGGAACCUGGCAUGGCGCCCGCCACAUGCAUGCACCUGGACUCCAGCUCGGCUUGCCUGACCCUGGGCCACGCCGACGGCAGCCUGAACGUGUGGGACCUGCCCUCCCGGCGGACUGUUGCCGCCUCCCAAGCGCUGGGCCGUGGGGGGAUCUGCAGCGUGUCCUCUCCAGCCGGCGACCCGAGCUCCGUGUACGCUGCCGCCAAGGAUGGCAGCGUGUGGUGCCUGGUGAGCGUGGGUGAAGGGCAUGGCGUGGGCCCAGCAGGCAGCACGGCGCCUAGCGCAGGGGCAGCUGCGCUCGAGGACAUUCGCAGGCGGCUGCCGUUGGCGAUCGGGUCGCGGUGGGGCACCGAGGCCGGCCAGGACCGGGCGGCUGCCACGCCUGCGCCCCAGGUCACGGCGAGGGAGUGGAGCGAGGGGCCCAGGCGGGAGGCAGCCAGAGAGGGCGGCGACGCUGGAUCGGCAGGCGGCGCGCACGGUCCGCGCCCGCACACCUCCGAGCCGACGUCGAGCACGGCCAGCGCAAAUGCCAACCCAGCACUGCAGCGCGCGCCCUCAGGCGCGCGCCUGUCGUCCCCCGCCAAGUCAUCGCCCGGGACGGACUCUGGGAAGAAGGGGGCGGACACGGCGCAGGAGGGCUGGCGGAUACCUGCUGUGGCCCGCGACUCGCCGCCGCGCAGCUUCCGACCGGGGCGAGAGGCGGCCGAGGGCCCGGGCUCGCCCGACGGCAGCAACGAGUCGGUGCGGCCCAUGGAGGAGGACUCCCUCCUUGGGACUGCACCGGCACAGGGCGCAGCAGCAGGGUCGCCGCUGCGCAGGCAGCCGCCCCCCCCGCUAGCCAGCGUGUCUCGGGAUGACCUCCUGGCCCUGCACCUCGACAUGCUCAACCAGUUCCAGGCCCAGCGCAUUCACAUGGAGGAACUGUUGAAGGAGAUGGGGAGCCGUCAGGACCAGCUGUCGGCCGAGCUUUCCAGCUUGCGGCAGCAACUGGGCUCGCUGCUCACGCAGAGGAACGAUUUGCGCUGGCUGUGA